CGUCGGGAUAAACAUGGCAGAGUUAAUUAUUUCCGCACAUCAUGGACGCACCAUUCCCCUGCCACCGACCCAUUAGAGGGAGUCCACUUCCUCCCGUUUGAUUACAUAAAGGGCAUUUGUUGGCUUUGUGGAGGGCGAGAGGGAAAGAGUCAUGGUGGAGCCGAGAGGCCGGGAGGGUGAAUGUACUUCAUGAAGAGGUCUGCCACGAUCACGAAGUGUCCUGGACUAGGAGAGUGGACCCAUAAGUUCAUAUCAACAGGGCCAACAGUAACAGCAUGCUCCUGGCCUCCGUCGUUGUGGUGUGGGAAUGGCUGAACGAACACGGUCGGUGGCGGCCCUACAGCCCCGCUGUCUCCCACCAGAUAGAGGCGGCCAUACGGAGCAUCGACCCUCGCGGAGGGAGCGUGGUCCUCGGCCAGGUGGACAGCCGGCUCUCGCCGUACAUCAUCGAUAUUCAGUCCAUGCACCAGUUCCGACAAGACACGGGAACCAUCCGUCCGGUGCGGAGGAGUUUCUACGACCCAGCCUCGGCCCCGGGUCAGGGCUGGCAGUGGGAGUGGGAGAACGAUGUGGGUACGUGGACGGCCUACGACAUGGAGGUGGCCAUCGCCAUCGAGAACGCCCACAACCGGCAGCAGCCCUGCCUUGACCUGACGCCCCUCGGCUUCUGCUACCUCAUUGAUUUUCAGACCAUGACACAGGUGAACAGACAGAGCCAGAGGUUUCGGAGGCUCCAGAGACGUGCGGACAUGUCCUACCCUAUAGUGUCCGGUCCCCUUCCAAUACCCAAAGGAGGCGGUGUCGGAGGAGGUGGAGGCCUAACAGGAGCCCUGCUCGGUGUUGGGGUGUCAGGGGUUAGCAUGGGGAUUGGAAGCUCUGUCUCCACCAAUGGGGGCUUGCCGACUACUGUACUGGGCCACCCGUGUUCCUGUCAGCAGUGCAUGCUCGUCUUUAGUGUGAAGACCAAUACAGGAGGAGCAGGGAUACAGACUCUAGGUAGACGCUCACUAACCAUGCAGCGGCCCAAGAACUCAGUACUGGUCUCCUCUAAACCGCGGAGUCCGUCUAAGUCCGCCACUCUGGGGCGAGGACAGCAGCAGAACUCCAACAGCAGCUACUAUCAGACGCUGCCACACGGUCUCGCCAUCUCCAGGAACAUUGCCUCCCCAAGAAGGAACGCCCAGCUCUUUGCCCAGUCACUGGCCGCGCUCACCGCAGGCACCUCCUCUCUGGGUAUCUCCUUGUCUUCCAAUCGGCCGCCUCCGCCGUCCCUCCCGCCCCCUCAGCCUCCAUCGUCCAAACCGAGCCCGAACCCUCCGCCCAUUCCCGCCAAGCACUCCUUGCCUUCAGCCAGCGAAUCAGUGCCAACCGCCACAUUGGUUUCCCCCGCAAACAACGUGACCACGCCCCCCUCUCCCGUGCCAUCUCCGUCGCCAUUGGUGAUGAAGCCACAGCGCACGCCAUCGUCUGCGGCCACAGUGUGCCAUGCCCCGUUGCCACAGAGAUCAAGCUUAGCCGGGCUGAGCAGACCAGCGUUACAGAGAAUAGCGAUGGCCCAGUCCAGAGCGCUCAUCGCGUCAGGUGUGCCCACGGUCCCAGUGAAGAACCUCAAUGGAUCCAGUCCUGUCCACCCUGCGCUGGCCGGGAUCACAGGUAUCCUGAUGAGCGCCGCAGCUCUGCCAGUGUGUCUGACCAGGCCGCCAAAACUCGUGCUGCACCCUCCGCCGGUCAGCAAGAGCGACGUCAAGCCCGUGCCAGGCUUUGGCCACUGUUGCAAGAAGACCACCAAGAAACAGGCUCGCAAGGGUAAAACUCCAGAGGAGGUGGUAAAGAAGUACCUGCAGAAAGUAAAAAGUCCACCAGAGGAGGACUGUACCAUCUGUAUGGAGCCACUGGGGGGUCCAUCUGGAUACAAGGGUCCGGGGGUGGGGCCUAUGUCUCGGGCGGAGUCAGUUGGCCGACUAGCACAGUGUGGACACCAGUACCAUUUCCAGUGUCUGGUGGCCAUGUACAACAACGGCAACAAGGACGGCAGUCUUCAGUGUCCCACCUGUAAAACCAUCUACGGCGUGAAGACAGGCAACCAACCGGCAGGGAAGAUGGAGUACCACGUGAUCCCCCACUCUCUACCGGGGCACCCCGACUGCAAAACCAUACGCAUCAUCUACAACAUACCGCCGGGCCUUCAGGGACCAGAGCAUCCCAACCCAGGAAAGCCCUUCACCGCCCGAGGCUUCCCCCGACACUGCUACCUCCCGGACAGCGAGAAAGGACGCAAGGUACUGAGACUGCUCCUGAUCGCCUGGGACCGCAGGUUGACCUUCUCCGUCGGGACUUCGAGCACGACUGGAGAGUCUGACACCGUCAUCUGGAACGAGGUCCACCACAAGACAGAGUUUGGCUCCAACCUGACGGGCCACGGCUUCCCCGACCCCGGACACCUGGACAACGUCCUGGAAGAGCUCCGGGCUCAGGGCAUCACCGAGGAGGACGGACUGAUGGAGAAGUGAAAGGACACGCGAUCAGGAGGAGGAGGAGAGACUAUAAAAAUAAGAGGAGAAGGAGGAGGUCCUGGACUGGAACAGACUCUCUCUGCCAGCACUUAACAAGGGUGCAGGGGGACGCCUCGGCAUACAGAACACAUCCAUUAGUUUUGCAGAGGAAACCACUUCUCACGAUGUGGACUGAGUCACUGCUGGGUCGCCUGUCCAAACCUUUUUCAAGCAAGCACAUGAGCAGAAGUGGAAGGGAGUGUGAGGAAGCAGCAAUAUAUAUAACUCAUGGGUUUAGCUUCGAGACAGAAGGUACUUAAAUGUGAGGGUGAAUCGGUACUAAUGUUCAGGACAAAAACAAGUUCACUUUCCUGAGGGGGAGAGGAACCAGGAGAAGGAUGGCAGAUGUCAGAGCAGUUCAAUGUAAACUGGGGGUGAAAGGACAAAGAGAGACAGACGGAGGAGCGGUGGGGGAGGGGACAGGAGGAGGGAACGGAGCAGGAAGAGAUAAAGAUGGUGUACGUAGCGUAGGAGUAGAGUCAAACUACUUGUGGUACUUUACAGGUGUGUGUCGUAACAACACAAUGGAACCAUGAGUGGCGGAGGGAAAGAUGAGGGACUAUGUGCUUGCUUUGUUCAAACCCGCUGCUGGUUUGUGGCGGACGUCUCGGGCGGCGGCUCCCCCCUGUGGUGGUACUGAUGAACUACACCAUUUGAGUUAUCCACCUGUGUUACUUUUUUUAAAUCAUUGUUACUAUAGUCUUCAUUUAACGUCAUUCCAUACUUUACCUCCUGGUCUUGACCGAAUGAGUUUUUUUAUUGCGUGGGCUCUGUAUGUUUAUGAUGGUGUAUGAAAUGACAAAAGACCAAACUGAGGCCUGGUCAUUUGGGCCGACAUGGAGUCUUACUAUUGAGCCACUGUGGUACAAGUUAACCAGAAUUACACAGGUACCGGUAUUUACUUUCAUAUCUUUAUUUGUGUUCCUUUUCGGCGGUUCACGUGGUCCAGUUGAUUUAAAUGCUGUGGUGAGGAGGGGAAUUGAGACCCGACAACAAUGAGCAUUCCGCCGGUGUUCCCGAGUGUAGCCGAAUGAACCGGAGGGCUGGUCUCAGUGCCAGAAAGCCCCCUCAGAUUGGGCAGAGGGUUGGAGGGCUGGGGAGGAGCGAGAGGACAAGAGUUGGGACUGAAGCAGAGCUCAUCUUUAGAGACAGUUUAUAUCUACAUGUCAACCUGUCAAGGACACUUUGACGUUAGUCAUGAGUACGACAUACAGCUCCCAGUAGAGGAACACUAUGAAGCAGGCCUCUAUUAAAGGUCGCAUCUUAAAGUCUCGUUUUAAGUACAUAUUGUACAUUUAAGUCCCCUCCUUUGGAGGUCUUUUUUUCUCUAAUUUUGACUUGAAAUGUCCCCAAACCACAUCACUAGUGGACCUUCCGGGAAAAGCACUGUUGUAAAGGAUAAACCACAGGUGAGCCGCUGACCUCAGGUGGAGAUGAUCAGUAGCAGCAUCGGUACAACUCAACGCCUCUUUUCUCCAGCCCUCCUGAUAACGCACUGCCCAGUUUUUGAUUUGGUUCAGUAGAUAAACCCUGGUCACGUUGUUACAAGAUGCGUGUGUGUCGGUGUGUGUGUGUGUGUGUGUGUGACACAGAGACUACUGUGUAUACUACCAACAUGCUCCCAGUUUAAGGGUAUUAUUUUGGUACUCCAUGGGUGAAUUACGUCAUCCUUUAGCUCAGAUGAUGAUUGAUAAUAGUACUCCCACCUUCUUUAUUAUUAUAUGUUUUGUUAGUGAACUGCCUUUUUUAUUUGUUUAUGUAGUAAUUAUUCCCCUGUUCAGAUUGGUUUACAAAGACAGAAUUGUUAAAUAUGAUGUCUUUUUUCUCCUCAUUGUGUACAGAUUUGUGUCAUCUUUUCUUGACAGUUGACUUUUAUUUGAGUGUGAAGUGUAAUGAAUUGUAAAAGUCCAACCCCGUAUACUGUACGCUUGCUCUUCUGAGGUUAAGAAUACUUGUAUGUUUCACAUAUCAUGUGUCCUGCUUCUGUCCAACAUCUGUGACCCUGCAAGGUUUCGCAGCAGACGCUUCGACGGACAUGUCGACCUUUUCCUUGCCCGUCCCUCUUUCAGCAGCAGAAUGGCUCAAGUGCAAGUGGAAUGAUCACAAUUAUUAUUGUAAACAUUGUUCAGCAAUAAAAUCACAAAUUGUUACAGUUGUAUUGCAUUGUUGGUCCAAACACUGCACACAGGCUUUGGAAAAAAACCUGUUGUCUGAUCAGUCUGAUUUUAAUGUGUAGUAUUUCACUUGCCUGGUUGAAUUGAGAAUUAUUUUUGUAAUUGUGGGGUUACAAGUGAUACAUGAUUAGCUUGGAUGCCAGAGCAGACUGAUUGAUUACAAUUUGUUGAUCAGGUGUGCAGUGUCUGGGGCCAUGAGAGCAAUGCAAUGCAAACAGCUAGAGACAAGCACCUCACUAUUUUAGUUUCCUACCCGUCAUCGGGCCUUCUGAAGGCAACAGCGCCCCCUCACGUUGUUGGGCGAGAGCUUUCUGUGACUGUCUCCUUGUUUUGGGGCUGGGUGGGAAGCGGUGAUCUUCGGCGCUGACAUGGAGAGCAUCAGCAGCAGCAACGUGUACAUAGUGCGAAGUAAUUGCUGCACGAAAAAGUAAUACUAGAACAGAAUAAAGAAAAAAUUAAACGUA